AUGGUGGAGCUGGAGAAGGAGGUUCUGCCGCUGCCGCCACGGUACCGGUUCCGAGACCUGUUGCUUGGGGACUGGCAGACGGACGACAGAGUGCAGGUAGAGUUCUAUGUGAAUGAAAACACUUUCAAGGAGCGUCUCAAGCUGUUCUUCAUCAAAAACCAAAGAUCCAGUUUGAGAGUACGACUGUUUAACUUCUUCCUGAAGGUUCUCAGCUGCCUGCUGUACAUCGUACGAGUUCUCCUAGAUGACCCGCGAGAGGAGAGAGACUGUCCUGGCUGCCUCAGACAGAAUGCCUCUGCCCACAACAGAAGCCAUUUUGACUGGUCCCUCAUUAUUUGGGUGAACAGACCCCUGCCACUCUGGGCUCUUCAGGUGCUUGUUGCAUUCAUCAGUUUUUCAGAGACCAUGUUGCUGGUGUACCUCAGUUACAAGGGCAACAUUUGGGAACAAGUAUUGCGCAUUCCAUUCAUUCUGGAGAUGAUCAGUGCCAUUCCUUUCGUGAUCACUGUGAUUUUGCCCUCCCUCAGAAACCUGUUCAUUCCUGUUUUUCUGAACUGCUGGCUGGCCAAACACGCUCUUGAGAACAUGAUUAAUGACCUGCACAGAGCGAUCCAGCGCACACACUCAGCCAUGUUCAACCAGGUGCUCAUCCUCAUCAGCACUCUGCUCUGCCUCAUCUUCACCUGUAUUUGUGGUAUUCAGCAUCUGGAGCGAGCAGGGAACAACCUGACUUUGUUUGACUCUCUGUACUUCUGUGUGGUCACCUUCUCUACGGUGGGCUUUGGUGACGUCACACCUCAGAUCUGGCCCUCUCAACUGCUAGUGGUCAUCAUGAUCUGUGUGGCUCUUAUAGUUCUGCCAAUACAGUUUGAGCAGUUGGCUUUCUUGUGGAUGGAGCGACAAAAGUCUGGUGGGAACUACAGCCGUUAUCGUGCCCAGACUGAGAAGCACGUGGUGUUGUGUGUCAGCUGCCUGAAGAUAGACCUACUCAUGGACUUCCUCAACGAGUUCUUUGCACACCCCAGACUGCAGGAUUACUAUGUGGUCAUCUUAUGUCCCGCUGAGAUGGACGUCCAGGUUCGGCGAGUACUCCAUAUCCCGCUGUGGGCUCAACGGGUCAUUUACCUGCAGGGAUCUGCUCUCAAAGACCAGGACCUGAUGAGGGCCAAGAUGGAUGAUGCUGAGGCCUGUUUUAUCCUAAGCAACCGGUUUGAAGUGGACCGCUUUGCUGCUGACCAUCAGACCAUUCUUAGGGCCUGGGCUGUGAAGGACUUUGCCCCAAACUGCCCUCUCUACGUGCAGAUCCUCAAACCUGAGAAUAAGUUCCACAUCAAGUUCGCAGACCAUGUGGUUUGUGAGGAAGAGUUUAAGUAUGCCAUGUUGGCCCUCAACUGUGUGUGUCCUGCCACCUCCACCCUGAUCACCUUAUUGAUUCACUCCUCUAGAGGACAAACAGCAUCUUCAGAGGCCUUCAAGCAGCGAGCGGGCGCCUUCCAACCACUCAACAGGGAAGGCGGUGCUAGCUCAGUCGACCAAUGGCAACGCACCUACCGGCGCUGUGCCUCCAAUGAGGUGCACCAUAUCCGGCUGGAAGAGAGCAAGUUCUUUGGAGAGUAUCAGGGAAAGAGUUUCACCUUUGCCUCCUUUCACGCACAUAAGAAAUAUGGAGUGUGUCUGAUCGGAGUACGCAGGAUGGACACAGCAAACAUCCUCUUGAACCCUGGGCCCUGCCACAUCAUGGGAGCCUCUGACACCUGUUUCUACAUCAACAUCUCCAAGGAGGAGAACUCAGCAUUUGUCAGGGGUCACAGGGUGCCAGUGAGGGGCCCUGGCAUUGACUCCAGAGGGGUCCCACAGACAAUCUAUCAUGGGCUCACUCGCCUACCAGUACACAGCAUUAUAGCCAGCAUGGGCACUGUAGCCAUAGACCUGCAGGACUCCAGUGACAGCAGUCCAGAGGGCACGGGUCCAGCAGUGCUGGGUAGUGGGACUGGGGGCAGGAGUGGCUCCAGGACAGAAGUUGGGGGAUGUAACACUCUGACACUGCCUGCCAUGAGUGGCUCCAGGGAGGAGAGGAGACACAGCAUCGCACCUGUCCUGGAGGUGGUGGACGGGGUGCACAGUCCCACGUUUGACCUGCUGGGGGACCAGUCGGAGGAUGAAGGAGGAGAGGAGGGGAAGGAGGACGAUGGAGGGGAGCAGAAAGGCCAGUGGUGGGGCGCACAUUGCGAAUGGGUUAAAGGCUAUCCUCUGAACUCUCCAUAUAUCGGCAGCUCCCCUGCCCUCUGCCACCUUCUGCAGGAGAAAAUGCCAUUUUGCUGCCUGCGCCUGGAUAAGGCUUGUCAUCAUAUGCCCUAUGAGGAUGCUCGUUCAUACGGCUUCAAAAACAAACUGAUCAUCGUGUCCGCCGAGAGUGCUGGAAAUGGCCUCUAUAACUUCAUUGUUCCUCUGAGGGCGUAUUACCGGCCCAGAAAGGAGCUCAACCCCAUUGUUUUGCUUCUGGAGAACGUGCCUGAGGCGGAUUUCCUAGAAGCCAUCUGCUGGUUUCCUAUGGUGUUCUACACAGUAGGCUCCAUUGACAAUUUGGAUAGUCUUCUGCGGUGUGGUGUGACAUUUGCUGACACCAUGGUGGUGGUGGAUAAAGAGAGCUCCAUGAUCGCAGAAGAGGAUUACAUGGCUGAUGCCAAGACCAUUGUGAAUGUUCAGACUCUCUUCAGGCUUUUUCCAGCUCUCAGUAUUAUAACAGAACUUGCCCACCCGGCCAACAUGCGCUUCAUGCAGUUCAAAGUCAAAGACCAUUAUUCUCUGGCUCUCUCCAAACUGGAAAAGAAAGAAAGAGAGAGAGGUUCCAACCUAGUUUUCAUGUUCAGAUUACCGUUUGCAGCUGGGAAGGUGUUUAGUGUCAGUAUGUUAGACACUCUGCUGUAUCAGUCCUUUGUGAAAGACUACAUGAUCUCCAUCACCAGGCUGCUGCUCGGGCUGGACUCCAUGCCUGGUUCCGGCUUCCUGUGUGCUAUGAAGAUCACGGAGGAGGAUUUGUGGAUUCGCACUUACGGUCGUCUAUAUCAGAAGCUGUGCUCCUCCACUGGAGACAUCCCCAUUGGCAUCUACUGCACUGAAGCUCAUAAACUGCCCGUCUCAGAGUCUCAGGUGUCCAUCACUGUGGAGGACUACGAGGACACACGAGAGCCCCGUGAGCCUCUCCUCUGCCGCUCUGGUGUUCACCGUAACUCCACGUCAUCUGAACCACCCUCGUCCUCCUCACAGGCCAUGGACCGUCCACUGCUGAGAAGGAAAAGCAUGCAGUGGGCACGGCGCUUGAGUCGUAAAGGUGGGAGGGGCUCCAGCGGUGCCAAGGGAGUGGGGAGCGCUGCCGAGUGCAUCAGCCAGCAGAGACUGAGUCUGUUCCGCCGCUCAGAGAGACAGGAGCUCAACGCGUUGGUCCGCACGCGCAUGAAGCACCUGGGGCUCUCGCCAUCUGGAUUUAAUGCUAUGACGGACCAAGGCAACAGACUGUCCUACAUUCUCAUCAACCCGUCCCCAGACACACGCCUGGAACUCCAUGAUGUUGUGUAUCUGAUCAGACCAGACCUUCUGUCACCAGUGCCUAACCAGGCCAGUGGACGCAAGCCCAGUGCUGGCCCAGCGGAGGGACACAGAUCUGAAACACAGGACAGCACUCAUCUAUGA